GUGCCCUUCACUCCUCCUCUUCUGCACCUUCCCUCCUCCUUCCUCCACACACACACUCUCUCUCUCUCUAGGUGGGCGGUGAGGAGAUGACCCUGCAAGGCUCAUGCUGCUGUGCGUGGAGCCUGGACUCCUGGGGGUGUUUGCUGGGUCGCCUUCUUGUUUCGAUGGCUCGAUCUUGUCACGCUGAAGCGAGUGAAAGCAGUUCGUGACCCUGUGAAAAGUAGCUGUUGAGAAUCGAGGGAUUUGAUGGUGAGUUUGCUGUAAAGACUUUUGUUAGGUGCAAUUUUCGGGGAAGAUGGUUGCAGAAUCUUGGUUUCGUAGUCUUUGGGGAACGCCGCGGAAGAAUGCGGCCGGUUCUCAGAAGGUGGUGAUUGGUGUAUUAGCGUUUGAGUCUGCAAGCUUGAUGUCGAAGGUGGUACAUCUCUGGCAGUCUCUGAGUGACAAGAACAUUAAGCGGCUGAGAGAGGAGAUCGCAGAUUCAGUUGGUAUAAAGAAGCUCAUUUCGGAUGAUGAGGAGUUCAUUGUGCGGCUGAUAUGUUACGAGAUGAUCGAGAAUAUGAGAAACAUUGCAAAAUCUGUGGCCAGGCUGGGGAAGAAAUGCACCGACCCUGGCUUGAAGAGUUUUGAGGUCUUCUUUGAAAAUUUGAUGAGGAGGGGUGACGACCCAUGUGGUUGGAAACUCACAUGGAAGAAGAUGGAGAGGAAAAUCAAGAAGAUGGAAAGAUUUGUUUCGGUUAACGCGAACUUGUAUCAAGAGACGGAAGUUCUUGCUGACCUUGAGCAGACUCUGAAAAGAAUGAAGAGUAAUGAUGGCGAUCCAGCCAAUUUACUGGAAUACCAGAAAAAGGUCGUGUGGAAGCGGCAUGAGGUCAAGACAUUGCAGGAGAUGUCUCUCUGGAACAAAAAUCAUGACUAUGUAGUUCGGCUAUUGGCAAGGUCAUUGUUUACAGUGUUUGUGCAGAUAAAACGUGUCUUCGGGAUUCAACAGCUUGAUGAUGGCAGUGAUAUCAAGGAACCAAAGGCGUCAAAUCAUGUAUCUCGCAGCCAGCCGCUGUCUGCACAACUUCAAUCUUCUGUUCAUCCCUCUGAGAACAACCAUCCGAGGUUCUUUUCUGGUGCCAUUGGGAGGUCGACUGAAAAAUCAGUUCGCGUUCCGAAGGCAAGUAAUGCCAAGAAUUUUUAUUCGGGUCCUCUUGGCAGCUCCAACACGAAAGCGAGCACUGCUUCUGAAAUAGAUAACCCCAAGAGCGUUAGCUUCUAUUCUGGUCCUCUUGGAGGCUCCAGCGCGAGGGCUAGCCCUGCUCCUGGAAUGCAUAAUGCUAACAGUGUCAACUUCCAUCCUGGUCCUCCUGGUAAGUCGACAAAAUCUGGCCCAUUAAUUAGUGCAAAUAAGAUCCGGCAGGGGCUAUGGCGGGGUCUUGGUCAUUCUUCUGUAUUCCAAGGAAGGAAGUCAAAUUCCAAGCAGAACCAGUUGGCUUCAAUUGGACCUCUGAAAGGUUGCGUGAUGAACGGGAACAAUUCACCUGUAACUGAUUGUUAUGUAGAUAAAGAUGGUGUACCUCCCGGAAUCCAUGACAGCAGCAAAGACAGUAAGCUUGAAGAUGUCAAUGGAUACAAGGUUGAUGGUAAUUUAUCAAGCUUCAGCUCUAAGCGCAGAUUGCUGAAUGCCCUGCCAGAGAGUCUUGGUGCUGCCGGUUUAGCGCUGCACUAUGCAAAUGUCAUUAUUGUAAUCCAGAAGCUAGCUGAAGCUCCUCAUUUGAUUGGUCUCGAUGCCAGGGAUGAUCUGUACAAUAUGUUGCCUGCAAGCGUGAGGACCACUUUAAAAUCGAGGCUAAAGCCAUGUGCCAAGAGCUUGGCUUCAUCGGAUUACAACACAGCUCUUGCAGGCGAGUGGAGCGAGGCGAUAUCACGGAUACUGGACUGGUUGGCCCCUCUCGCGCAUAACAUGAUAAGGUGGCAGUCCGAGCGUAGCUUUGAGCAACAGAACCUGGUCUCGAGGACGAACAUGCUCCUUGUACAGACCCUUUAUUUCGCAAAUCAGGAGAAGACAGAGGCCAUCAUCACGGAGCUCCUCGUGGGUCUGAAUUACAUAUGGAGAUUCGGUAGAGAACUCAACGCGAAAACCUUGGUGGAGUGCGCAAGCAGUCGAAUAUUCGACGAGUACCUGGAUUUGAAAGAGUGAGCAUUACUGUACUUUCCGCCAAACCGGCAAUUCACUGGAAAUCACCCUUUUCCUUGGGGGAACAAAGGUUCUAUCCCCCUCCUGAAUCGAUCAAGUUCUUGUCGUGCCACGUAAGAUUUCAACUUAAACUUCUUGGUACUGUAGAGGUAAAAAGUUUUACCUGUACCUGCAAUACAAUACAGAUAGUGUAAUACCCAGAUGCUUAUACACGAGGCUCUAGUUGGGAGUUUCACAACCCUGCCCUUUUGGCUCGACGGCGGAUGUGAUGUCUCACCAGCCAUAAAAAUUUUGGCUCUGCGGUCUGCUUACCUCGUAAGUAAGUAAUCUUUUACAAUUGGGUUUUAGUAGAAGUCUGUGAUUUCCCAGGUGUAUAUUUGUUGGCAAAAGUAUGGUGGUGACAAUUUGUUUAUGUACCAUUUGCCUCUCCUGCUCCCAGGUUAUGGCCAAAAUCAGGCUUGUUGCUAGCUAUCAACUAUGUGAUAUCUAUCUAUCCUUUGGGUCCG